AUGAAGCGUAAUCAUUUUUCUUAUUCUAAACAUUUUCAGUCCUCGCCCAAACGACGCCGAGUCGAUCCCGAGCCUGCCAGCUCUCACCAGAGCAGCAGGCCCGGGUUUAUCGACCAGAGGUUAAUCGAGGGCUCACAAUGGCCAGGAUAUCCCAACUUCGUCCAACAAGGGCCUUCAUCAAUCCAGACCAGCACCUCAUCAGGCCAUGAAGAUGAUGUGCAAUUGGAUGCUUUUGACCUUGAGCUACUCGCUCAACAGAAAGCCAAUAGCAGCUUUCAAUCAUCGAAUCAAUUUUCUCAUGUUACACCUGAAGAGGAAAUUUUCACUGGCUUGAAGCAUCAGGAAGCCCCACUGCAGAAGUCGCGGUUCUUUGACUCCUUCCCUCGCACCUCGCCUCUUCUCGGACUAGAGUCCAGUCAGUACGAGUUGAUUUCAGGCCCACCUUCGAGUCCCUUGAUGAUGAUGCAUCGAAGAAAGGAACCAUCAUGGCGGAGUCAAGCACAGUUGGAACCAGCAGGCGAUUCGCACCAGCGUGACUUAGUUCCACUCUCGACACAGCAGCCUUUCGCUUCUAAUCUGAAUAUUGCUACAUCCAUGAUCGGUCAUCGGCAUUACGGAAACAAACCAUUUGGCCAUCUGCCCCUAUCGGUACGAGGCAUCGUGUUAGUCUCGGUUGACCAGCUGCCCGAAAGAUAUCGCUCCCUGUAUUCUUUCCCGCUGUUCAAUGCGAUCCAGUCCAAAUGCUUCCAGCCAGUCUACAACACCAACGACAACAUAGUCCUCGCCGCACCGACGGGAAGCGGGAAGACCGUCGUCAUGGAGUUGGCUAUCUGCAGACUAUUGAACGUCCUGAAAGACGAGCGCUUCAAAGUGGUCUAUCAAGCGCCGACGAAGUCCCUCUGCUUCGAGCGAUUCCGCGACUGGAAUGCCAAAUUUGCACCACUGGACUUGAAAUGUGCUGAAUUGACUGGUGACACGGACCACACUCAACUGCGCGGUAUUCAAAGCAGCCAGAUUAUAAUCACAACGCCCGAGAAGUGGGACAGCAUGACGCGCAAGUGGAAGGACCACAUGAGGCUGAUGCAACUUGUCAAGCUCUUUCUUAUUGACGAAGUCCACAUCCUCAAGGAGACGCGCGGAGCAACACUUGAAGCAGUUGUGUCACGUAUGAAGAAUAUUGGGUCCAAUGUGCGCUUUGUGGCGCUGAGUGCGACAGUGCCAAAUUCAGAGGACAUUGCUACAUGGCUUGGCAAGGAUGCGACGAACCAGCAUGUUCCUGCGCACCGUGAGCAUUUUGGGGAGGACUUUCGGCCUGUCAAAUUGCAGAAGUUUGUGUAUGGGUAUCAGUCGACUGGGAAUGACUUUGCCUUUGACAAAGUCUGCGGGGCCAAACUGCCCGAAGUCAUUGGCAACCAUUCUUGCCACAAGCCUAUCAUUGUCUUCUGUUGUACCAGGAACUCAUCCGUUGCAACGGCUAAAGAGCUGGCAAGGCUUUGGACUAUGACCAAUCCACCGGCUCGGCUUUGGAAGGCCCCACGCAAACAGAUUGAAACGAAUAACGAUGAUUUGAAAACCACAAUUACCACGGGAGUUGCAUUCCACCAUGCCGGCCUUAGUGCCGCCGACAGACACAUGGUUGAGAGGGGUUUCCUGGAAGGGCAAAUCAACGUUAUCUGUUGCACUUCAACACUCGCCGUCGGCGUCAAUUUGCCCUGUCAACUUGUCGUCAUCAAAAACACCGUUGGAUGGCAGGAUGGUGGUUGCAAGGAAUACUCUGACCUCGAGAUGAUGCAAAUGCUUGGUCGGGCAGGACGGCCUCAAUUUGACGACAGUGCAACAGCGGUCAUACUUACCCGAAAGGAGCGAGUCACCCACUAUGAGAGACUGGUCUCUGGCUCCGAGAGUCUGGAGAGCUGCCUGCAUCUGAAUCUCAUCGAACACUUGAACGCGGAGAUUGGCCUGGGGAAUGUGACAGACGUUCAAUCGGCGAUCAAGUGGCUUGCGGGUACCUUUCUGUUCGUGCGACUGCGUCGAAAUCCAACACACUACAAACUCAGGGAGGGAGCGAGCCAAGAAGAUGAGGAUACCUUGCUUCGUCAAAUUUGUGAGAAAGAUAUUAAGCUUCUUCAGGAGUGUGGUCUUGUGGAGAAAGAAAAGCUUUGCUCGACUCAGUUCGGAGACGCCAUGGCUCGGUAUUACAUCCGUUUCGAAACCAUGAAGAAGUUGCUGUCACUGAAAGCUCAGGCAGAUAUACCUCAGAUUCUCGAUGUCAUCGUCCAAGCCGAAGAGUUCCACGACAUCCGUCUCAAAGCCGGUGAAAAGACGCUGUACCGCGAAAUCAACAAGGACCCGGGCAUCCGAUACCCGAUCAAAGUUGAUACAGCACAGCUAUCUCACAAAAUAUCUUUACUCCUCCAGUCUGAGCUCGGCGCACUUGACUUUCCCACCAGCGAUCAGCUGCAGAGACACAAGUUCACGUUCCAGCAAGACAAAAAUCUCGUUUUCGCCCACGUGAACCGACUCAUUCGCUGCUUGAUCGACUGCUUGAUUUCUCGAGAGGAUUCGGUCGCCGCUCGUAAUGCACUUGAGUUGGCACGGAGCUUUGGUGCUAAAGUUUGGGACCACUCUCCGCUUCAAAUGAAACAGAUUGAGCAGAUUGGGGUAGUGGCAGUCAGAAAGUUAGCUGCUGCCGGGAUCACGGAUAUUGAGGAGCUUGAAACUACUGAAGCCCCACGAAUUGACAUGAUUUUGAGCAAGAAUCCGCCUUUUGGAAUGAAGUUGUUGGCGAGGUUGAAGGAAUUUCCGAAGUUGAGAGUGACUAUGAAAGUUGUGGGAACGGAAGCGAAAAAGGGAAAUGUCAAAGUCCGCUUCAAGAUUGACGUUGCCUUUAUGAAUGACAAGAUCCCCGGCUACUUCCAACGAAAGCCGGUCUAUGUUUGCUGCUUGACAGAGACAUCGGAUGGCCGAUUGGUUGAUUUUCGCCGCGUCAGUGCCAGCAAGCUUCAAGACGGCGUCAGCGCCGCCUUGAUUGCAGACCUGAAAGCCAAAGAUCAAUACAUUGUCUGUCAUGUCAUGUGCGAUGACAUUGCUGGUACGUCCAGGCGAGCUGAGAUUAGGCCUGAUCUGCCUCCCCAUCUAUUCUCAAAAGCUCCAUCUCAAGCAAGUCAGUCAAAAGCUACGCGGCGAGACCCCCAGAAUUCCACCCGUGACAGUAUCUGGGAUAUACCAAAAAGCCCACCUGGACCUCCUACAGCCGCAGAUGCAUUUGAUGGCGACGAUUUGGAAGCUGGCGACUUUUUGGCCGUAGCUGAUGGCCUCAGCAAGCCCAAGAAUCCGGUCAAGUCUUUAGAAACCCCGAUAGAUGAUCUCGAUUGGCUUUCGAUUGAUGGAAGCUCCUCUAAUUCGCAAGGAGCAACAGAAAAUCCGCAAAGACAGAACCAUGACUGGAUCACAGACAUAGAACACCUGGAUGAUAACGGACCAGAGCCUAUCCGUCUCCCGAAUGGAAAUUGGGCCUGUAGCCACAAAUGCAAGGACAAGACAAGGUAUGCAAUUCUCUUCGUAUCAUCCAUGAUACUCGCUGAAGGAAAUAGUUGCAAGCAUUUCUGUUGUCGAGAGGGCUUGGAAAAGCCACCCAAACCCAGGAAGCGAGCCGCCUCAAACCACAAAGCAGGCAACCUCAAUCAACUGACGCUUUCGGCUGCAAUCACGAAGCGAGAUAAUUCGCAGAACGUCAGAAACGGAAAGCAGCCGGCGAAACAACCACCCAAGCUGACUACGACAAAGAAAGUGAAGAGUCCCUUACAAUCCCAGUUUCCAAAAUUACCCCUCGAGAGAAAAAUCUCCAAUCGAGGAAAAACUGGAAACAAGGGCACAGGUACAAUCAAGCUUUCCGCCUCGAAGACCAAAGGAGGAAAGUUGAAUGACCAGCCACAGAGGGUCUCUAGUGACUUUGAUGACGAUGGCCUCGACGACUUGCCGCCUCUUUCUGACAUCCUGCGAGGAUCACGAUCAGGUACAGCUUCAGAAGAUCCAGCCGCAGUCGAGGCUUGUCAAAAUGAAGACAAUCUCUGUGAAAAUCCGUUCGCCGGAGCCAAAAAUGCAGUUGCAAAAGACCAUCCUGCCAAAGUCGAGUCCCUCACAACCCCCAACUUUCCAGACAUGAUUGUACUUUCAGAUGAUCCCACCCCUGAACCUGGCAGGGACAUCUUCACCAAUCCUGAAGAUAUUGGAAGCUCCAUUGCCACUGCGCCUCUUUCAGCUUCGAGUGGUAACAUCGUCCUCCCUGCAACCCGGAAGUCGAGCAGUUUCUGCAGAGCCUACGAAGCAAGGAUUCUUCAACAGGCUGAAAAAUCUCCAUUUUCAAAGUAUCUGGCUCCCGCUCCAACCGUGAGACGCAAUCUCACAAAACUGGAACCAAUGUGCGCCGUCGAUUCUGCUUCGAAAGACCACACGCGUCGAACACCAACAAACAGUUCGUCUGGAUGGGACGAUAUCGAUCGAAUGUCGUGGGAGGAAAUAAACGAUAUUAUCAAUCAUUAUUAA